AUGAAAGAUGCUGAAUUUCUUUUUGACGAUGAAUGGUUAAAAGCGUUCGAGAAAUUAAAAACAGCUCUUAUAUCCGCACUAAUUAUCAAGCCACCUGAUUGGAGCUUAUCCUUUGAAAUCAUGUGUGACACUAGCGAUUACGCCAUAGGCGCAGUUUUAGGACAAAGAAAAGAUAAGAAACUUCAUGCAAUCUAUUACGCAAGUAGAACCUUAGAUUCUGCGCUGAUGAACUAUGCCACCAUUGAAAAAGAGCUCCUAGCUAUCGUAUUCGCUGUGGAUAAGUUUCGGUCUUACCUAAUAGGAUCCAAAAUAAUUAUCUAUACUGACCAUGCCGCUAUUAGUUUCUCUUUGCAUACUUUAUUUGAUUCUAAACUUGCUUUUGAUAACAUGGCUGAACAAAGAACACUAAGGCAGCUUGCUGCUCCUGAUGUCAAUUACAAUGGUCUAUGCAUUCAAUAUACUGACGUUGAUAUUCCUUUUGAAUUGAAAUCUGGUUUGAUACAUUUGUUGCCCAAGUUUCAUGGUCUUGCAGGUAUAACAGAGGAUCAUAUCAAGCUUAGAGCCUUUCCAUUCUCGCUCCAGGGUGCUGCCAAAGAUUGGUUGUACUAUCUUGAGCCGAAUUCUAUCACAACUUGGAAUGAUUUGAAGAAGGUCUUUCUAGAGAGAUACUUUCCCGCUUCUAGAGCUGCGUUAAUCAGAAAAGAAAUAUGCGGCAUUAGGCAGGGAAACGAAUCAUUGGCAGAAUACUGGGAAAGAUUCAAGCAGCUAGUUUCUAGUUGUCCCCAACACCAGAUCACCGAGCAAUUACUCAUCCAAUAUUUCUAUGAAGGGUUGCUACCAAUGGAUCGAAACAUUUUGGAUGCUGCAAGUGGUGGAGCACUUGUUGAUAAAACUCCAGCUGCUGCAAAGGCCUUGAUCGAGAACAUGUCACUCAACUCGCAACAGUUUACAACCAGAAAUAAUUUUGCAAGUGUAAAUGAGAUUCAGUCUUCCUCUUCCUCCAUCAAGGCGCUCGAAACCAAGUUUGAUGCUAGAAUUGAUGAACUUACUUCCUUGGUGAAAAAGUUGGCAGUUAGCAAAGCUCAACCAGCAAAAGUGUGUGGUAUUUGUACUUCUUCUGAGCACCCGACUGAUACAUGCCCCAUUCUACAAGAUGAAACAAUAACCGAGCUUCCUCGAGCAUAUGCAGCAGCAGCCCUUUACAAUCAAAACAGGUACAAUAAUCCUGACCUCUCCACCAACAAAUAUCACCCUAGUUGGAGGAAUCAUCAAAACCUCCAAUAUGGGAAUCAGUCACAAGCUGCAGCCCCUGCUGCCCCACCAGCCACUUCUUCAUUGGAAGACCUUGUCAAGCAACUGGCACAACGAACAGAUGCUAGCAUUCAGAACCUGACAACGCAGAUGGGACAAAUGGCCAAUGCAAUAGGCCAACUACAAGCCCAAGGCUCUGGUAACCUUCCUGCACAAACAAGUGUCAGAACCAGCUCCAGAGAGAAGAAGAAAACUGUUGCAUCAUCAUCUGCUCCUGAACCUCCUUCUGUUACAACUGAGACCGAACCCGAAAAAGAAAGAGUAUAUGUGCCACCAAUUCCUUUUCCUCAAAGGGUGCAGGAAAAUAUCAAGAAGACAGUUGAGGAAGACAAGGAGAUUUUAGAUGUAUUCAGAAAAUGUGCGGUUAACAUUCCUCUCCUUGAUGCAAUUAAACAGAUUCCUAAAUAUGCAAAAUUCCUGAAAGACUUGUGCACACACAAGAGGAAGUUGAAGGGAAAUGAGAGAGUCAGUUUGGGACGAAAUGUUUCUGCUUUCAUUCAGCCCAAAACUGGUUCCUCAGCUAAUGUCUCAGUUCUUAGUCAGACCAUGCCAGAAAAGUGUGAUGAUCCAGGAGUUUUUGGUAUUCCCUGUUCCAUUGGGGAUCACAAGUUUGAAAAUUGUAUGCUUGAUCUGGGAGCAGGUAUUAAUGUUAUGCCUACUUCUAUUUAUAAUAACCUUGAUCUUGGUCCUUUGCAGCCUACAGGUUUAAUCGUGCAAUUAGCAAACAGGAGCAAUGCCCGCCCUGCUGGGAAGGUAGAAGAUGUCCUGGUGCAAGUUAAUGACUUGAUUCUUCCUGCAGAUUUCUACAUUCUAGACAUGGAGGGAGAAACUAAUUCCAGCAGGGCACCCAUCAUUCUAGGCCGACCAUUCAUGAGAACGGCAAGAACAAAAGUUGAUGUUUAUGAUGGAACCAUGUCCAUGGAGUUUGGCGACAUUGUCGCUAAGUUUAACAUUUUUGAUGCCAUGAAACAUCCCGUGGAAGAACAUUCUGUUUUUUAUAUGGAUUUAGUUACUAACACUAACCUUUGCCCUGUUUGUGCUAAGAUUGAAUCUGAUUUGCAGGAUAAUAACAUUCAUACAGGUGAAGUUGUUGUCAAUGAGGCAGUCUGUACGGUUAAAGUUCUUGACAUUCCGGCUGCCCCAACCAAACACUCCCAUGAUAAAGAAAAGACUACGCACUUCCAUGAUAAGAUGAUUUCCAAAAAGAAAUUUUCUGUUGGCCAAAAAGUCUUGCUGUUUAAGUCUCGCCUGAAAGAUAUGAAAUUAAAAGUACAGGUACUGGCAAGGUUUUCAAAGCAAAAGGACAGCGGUUGA